GGGAGAUCUGUCCAGCAAUCACUGUCUGCGCUGUAGCUCAUCGGCUCUGCUUCAACUCCAAUCUCGGUCGAAAUUCCAACUUUUGCAAAUCACUUUGCUCCGAUAAUUCGAUAAAAAUGGCAACUCCAACAAAAGGCGGUAAGGUGCCUCCCGGACAGCUGAAGAAAAUCGAGGGGACUAUUAAGCCCGCAGAGCCGUUCGACAUGCAAGCAGAUGUUGCGAAACUGCAAAAACUGCUAUGUAGUCGACCAUGCGAGGAGGCAUUGGCAGAUCUUCUGACCAGUCGCAGCAGUGCUCAACGCCAGGAGAUCAAGCAAGGUUACAAGGCGGCGGCAGGGAAGGAACUGAUGGAUGACAUCAAUAAAGUCUUAUCUUCGUCUAAGUUUAAGGACGUGGUGGUCGGCUUGGUGGAUGAUUCGCUGCAGUUUGCUGCCCGGUGCUUGUAUCAGGCAAUGAAGGGAAUGGGGACGGACGAGAAGGCCUUGGUUGAUGUGCUGUGCACCAGAGCCCGCAAUGUGGAAACCACUGCAAUCAAAGAGACAUUCCAAGAGAUGUUCGGUAGUGGUGUGGAGGCCAUGCUCAAGGAGGAAACCAGCGAACCCUUCUUGAAACUGCUCCUGACUACAGCUGCUGCAACUCGUGAAGAAGUUCCCAGUGCCGAUAUUGAGACGCAGGCAAAGGCGGAUGCAGACGCACUAAUUAAGGCCGGAGAGGGACGUACGAGCGGUCCACGUGAUGAUGCUAAAUUCAUUGAAAUCUUGGCAACUCGUUCUCUGAUCCAGCUCAACUUGGCAACGUUCAAGUACUACGACCAGAAGUCCAAGAAGGGAGGUAUCGAGAAAUACUUAGCAUCGGAGAAAGGUGAUGAGGUGGAUGGCUACAUGGCCCUAGUUAAGACGGCGAAGGGCGAGCUGAUCCAGUUCUAUGUUGAUCGACUUUACGCGGCCAUGAAAGGAUUGGGGACAGAUGAUAACUUGAUCAUCCGUACUCUGAUUUCGCGAUCUGAGAUCGAUCUUGCCAACAUCAAGCAGGAAUUCCAAGCCAAGUACGGCACGACCUUGGAGAACUUCAUCAAGGACGACACGAGUGGAGACUAUUGCUACAUCCUGCUGCGCAUUCUCGCUGGUGGUCCGCCGGCCAAAGCGUAAAAAACAACACCGAAGAUUGAUGACUGGUAGUUGCUCUUGUGUUUAAUUGCUUGCAAAAGAAAGAGAAAUAUUGAUUUAAUUACUCAGAUACGUUAGCGAUAGAGACUGCUUUUAUUAUGUUUGCAUGUUGUAUUUACUGUCAAAAAGCAAACUUCGUGAAGAUAAUGAUAUAAAUUCAUUACGAUAAUGGGUCACUUGGGAGACAUUCCCAUAGACUUGUACAAUUUUUGUUUCAACUAUAGUGACCCCUAACGCCAUUUUUGAUUUUUUUUUCUUAACGAAUUUUGGUACAUUUGUGUUUUGGACCACGAGCAAUCAAUGUAGCAUAUUUGCGACCACAAAAUAUUGUCGCUUAAUAAAUAGGAGCUAGACAGGCAUUGAAAUGUCUCCGUAACGUCGGCUGUCUCCAUAAGGUAUAAUAUCUGACGACAAAUUGUCUCCUUUACUAGGGUACACUUGGGUGUAAGAAUUUAAGUAGGCAUUAUUUAUGAUUUGUAAUCGUCAUUGUGUACAUUUGAAAUUAUUAUUAAUACAAAAAGGGCGUUUAAUCAAGAUAACGUUACUGCUUUUUACAUACUCAGUUGGAAACCGAAAAAGCGCUCCCUGCAAUUUUUAGUCCAUACAUCAAUUGUCUUAGUAUAAAAAAGUCAGAUAUGAUGCAAACUAUGCAUCGUAGGAUAUGAGUUUCAUGCUAAUCCACUUUCAACAGUCACGUCUAUACGGUCUUUGUGAUAGUUGUAAUAAUAAUACUAUUUUCAAGGUUUGUUUUGGUACAUUGAACCGUUAGAAAUUUUCAUUUGAUUUGGAGGAUUUGGAGAGUUAUUAAUUUAUUUUUAAAAGUAAUUUCUAGGAAAGAGAAUACGCUACGAUGCCUUGAAACCAAUGAACUUGGAAGGUUAUGAGUAGUGUCAGAGGUUAACUGAUCAAUUUGAAAACAAUUAAUGGUAGUGGGCAAUAUAAUUUAACAAUUUAAAAUGUCUUGUUCAUGAUAAUUAAUAUGAGAUGUAUACGAGAUCUGUAUCGAAUAUUUAACCUGGGGUUUUAUUAAAACUGGCCAAGACGAACUAAA